AGUCGGAAAUCAAACAAGUUGAUAAUCAGUGCAGAUGUGUGUUGAAAUAUUUGGCCAGAGAGAUGUUCCGCCCCUUUUCGGUUUUCUUUAAAAAAAUUUUUUUUUUGUGCCAAUGACUGCAUUUCAUCAGACCAGCAUCUGUACUAAACCUGCAAAAAUGAAACUUUUAGCUCUGGUUUUGGUAUUUUGUGCCUUCGUCUCUUUAAGCGAUUCUGCCUGCUCCCUUACACUUAUAAAAGCAGGAGAAAAACACUGUGUUGAUCGCACGGAUCACUCCAAGCAUCUAAUGGGAAGUACUUGGACAAACAGCAGAUGUGACAGAUGUACCUGCUCUCCUGGCUCAAUGGAGUGCUGUAACACGUUGGGCCGAGUGACUUCCAUGUCUAAUGGCUGCAUUGUGAAGUAUGAUUACAGAGCAUGCACAUUUAAAGUGUUUAAUCCAGAAGACUCCAGCGUUAAGUGUGAUUAUGCUGCUGUUGGAAAAUAAUUUCCAAUGAUCGAGUGAUGUGUGCUUAUUUGGAUAAAGAUGAAUCUCAACUGUUUUUGGACCCAACCUAGACUACGCUGCAUACUAAUUAUUAAUGGCACAGCUAAAUAUCUUGAUCACAAAAAAAAAAAAAAAAUUGGCAUUCAGAACUUUCUUUCUUUUA